UCGCAGCAGCAGUCAAGUCAAUCGUCGUCGUCGUCUCAGCAGCAAAAAGCAUCGCAGCCAGCCAUCCGCGGAUCAAAAUUAGGAGGAAGAAAUAUUUUUCGUCGCCGUUCGAAUCAUAUAUUUCGUCGCGGAAAAAGUGUCGUCGCAGUCGUUUGUGUGAAAUUUUCUGUGUUCGAACCAAAUUGGAAGUGUUUGCAAAGUGGAAAUUGCAAGUUGAUUUGAUUUUUCUUCGCUGGUGCUCCACCUCGGGGACCCAUCAGAAGCGCAGUGCACUCUUGGUCGAGUAGUGGAGUGGAAGUGGGAAGGUCAAGUAGCGCUCCGAAGAGAGUAGUGCCAAGUUCUUAUUUUUUUCUCGGUCGCUAACGGAUGUGUGUUGUGACAUAGUGGCUUGCAGAAGCUUACCAAUUUUGCGAAGAAAAGGCCAAACCUACGAUUGAAAGCCUCCGGGUGAUCCUUUUGACGUGGGCAGGAACCUGUGGAAGGGAGGAUUACCGUCUGAAAAACGCACUAAUUACAGUGUUGUCCAAGGCAGCAGCAGCAGAUACUGUGCACUGACUGAAGUGUUGGUGCAGUUUGAGCUCAGCUCGGUGACCGUAGUGUGACUGAGUGAAGAAACAACCAGACGCAGCAGCAGCAGGUGUAGGAGGAAGGAGGAGCACCAGAUAUUGAGAGAAACAUGUCUUCGCAGCCGUCCAGUUCCGCAGUUCGCGCUCUUUCGCUGGAGUACAAAAGCCUCCAGGAGGAACCGGUGGAAGGUUUCCGAGUAAAACUGCUGAACGAGGAUAAUCUGUUCGAGUGGGAGGUCGCAAUUUUUGGACCGCCAGACACCCUCUACCAGGGUGGAUAUUUUAAGGCUCAUAUGAAAUUUCCUCCUGAUUAUCCGUACUCACCUCCGUCAAUACGUUUCUUAACAAAAGUAUGGCAUCCAAAUGUAUAUGAGAACGGCGACCUCUGCAUCUCGAUCCUGCAUCCACCGGUUGACGAUCCGCAGAGUGGCGAACUGCCCUGCGAAAGGUGGAAUCCUACUCAGAACGUUAGAACCAUCCUGCUUUCCGUGAUCUCACUGCUCAACGAGCCAAACACCUUCUCCCCAGCAAACGUAGACGCCUCGGUAAUGUACCGGAGAUGGCGGGAUUCGCAGGGUAAAGACAAUGAGUACCCCAACAUUAUUAGGAAACAAGCACAAGCCGCUAAAGCUGAGGCAGAAAAAGAAGGUAUUAUCGUACCCACCACCCUAGAAGAAUACUGCAUCAAAUCCAAAACGAAACCUAGUAGUCAAGAACCUCAGCUCGACAUGACUGACUUUUACGACGAUGACUACGAUUUAGACACCGAAGACGACGAUCAAGGCUCGGUCGAAUCCUUUGCCGACGGGGAUGACAGCGGUAAUGGUGAGUCAUAACAGACUAACUAAGCACCCCCACAUCCCCCUUUAGCCUGUAGCGUUGGUUCAGUUUAAUUUACUAUAUAUAUUUGUAAUUAUUUUAAAUUGACCCGAGAAGGCAAACUGCGGAGGUAAACUGAAAAAAAAAAGAAAAAAAAAAAAGAUUGAUUGCUGGUGCAAUCCAUCCGUUUAGAUGAGUUUAUCAGAAAAUAAAAGAUUUUAUAAUUUUUGUGUUUAUAGUUAUUAUGGAAA